GAGUCUGUGUUUGAUUGUCAUAGGCAACUGAAACCAUGUUUACUGUACAAGUUUUGUUAUGCAAGAAACUUGUUUUUGUUUACACAUGAUUUUAUUUCACGUUGACUGUCGUAUUAAUUCACAUUCUCAACAAUUCAAUGGUACACAUGGUACACGUGCUUUCUUAAUUAACAGAGAUUUAAACUUGGAUUUGACUUUGCGCUUCAGUUUCUUUUUAUAGACCAUGGAUAGCAAGGAAGGUGAUGUGGGGGAAGAGCAAGAUUUAUUUGACGUGAUUGCUCACCAUGUAACGUCUGGACAAUACAAGGAUGGUUGGGAUGAAGAUAAAUGGGAACAGCAAAUGGAAGAACAUCCUUUGUUUAUGACAAAAUCUCCAGAAGGUGAAUUACCUCCUUUGGUCGAAGCAAUCGCUCAAGUUAAAUAUGAUGAAGAGAUGGAUAAUAAAAGAGAGCUUGCCCAAAAUUAUAAGGAUGAUGGCAAUGAAAAUUUUCGUUUUAAAAAAUAUCGAUGGGCAAUCGACUGUUAUACUAAAGCCUUAGAUUGUAAAAUUGAUGACAGUGAAUUCAAUUCAGUUCUGUGCAAUAAUAGAGCUUCUGCCCAUUAUCAUCUUGGAAAUUUUAGAUCUUCCAUGCAAGAUGCACUUCAAGCAGUUAAGUAUAAGGCGGAUAACAAGAAAGCAGUCCUAAGAGCUGUCGAAUGCAUGAUGAAACUGGAAAAAUAUCAACAAUGUAUUGACUUUUGUCAAAAUUCAAAUUUUAAAAGUGAACUAAAUUCAUUCAUAACCAAAGCUCAAGACGAAUUGAAACGCAUUGAGCGAGAUUUAAGGAAACAACAAGCUGAAGAACGAAGGAUUAAAGCCAAACAAGAAGAGAUAUUGAAAGCAGUAGCUGAACGUAAAAUAAACUAUCAAGGAUCACUUUUCACUGCUUCACAUCCAGCCGCUGAAGGACAUCAAGUUUAUCUUAACAAUUUAGGACAGUUGGUUUGGCCAGUGCUAUUUGUUUACCCUGAAUAUGGCCAAACAGAUUUCAUUGAAAGUUUCAAUGAAAACGAUUCUUUCACCGAUCAUCUCAAGUUAAUGUUUCCUUUGGAUGAAAAUCAUCCAAACUGGGAUAUCGAGAGAAAAUAUAAAACCGAUGACCUGAAAAUUGCCUUCCAAGAUCCUAGGACAAGUCAAUUCCAUCCUUUCAAGUUGACUAAGAGACUGAAAGAUGUUUUAUCAGAUUCAAAGUUUGUUGUUGUAUCUUCUGUACCUACAUUCGUGAUUGUACCUAAAGAUAAAUCCUUUACAUGAUAUUGACCUGAGCAAUAAAAGUAAAUUAUCAAUAAUGUAAAA